CGAAUAAAGAGUAAAAAUUAACAAUUCACAUGGUAGGUUCUUCUUGAAGUCGGCCCUUAUUAUUUGGUUUACAUUUUCACCGACACUAUUGCCAAUUUGCCAUUAUCAAAAUAUGAAAAAUUAAAGGCUUUACCUUUUCCUACGUAAUUGAGACCCUAAUGCAUAGAAUAAUCUCUCCCAAAAUACAACCUUUAAUUAAUCAGUACAUAAAAUCUCCAACAACUAUUGCUGCUAUAUAUACACAAUACUUACGUUGUGAAACUCGAACCAGAAAUUGUGACAAUCCAGUCAAUCAUCGUUUUCAUACUCGUUUUCAAGUAGCAAAACCAGCAGCAAUGUUAGGUGGCCAUUGUGUUUCCAAUGCCCCAAAGCUUGACUCCAGUUGUGGAGCUGGAACUGUGGAGGAAUUUGCAGGCCUCAAGACGUAUUUCACUGGCGCUCGUGAUUCCACUAAAGCCGUCCUUCUCUGCCAUGAUGCUUUUGGGUAUGAAGUUCCUAAUUUGAGGAAGUUGGCAGACAGAAUUGCUGGUCAUGGGUACUUGGUGGUGGUUCCUGAUUUCUUUUAUGGGGAACCUUGUGAUCUUUCAAAGCCUGGAUUUGAUGUGGAAGUUUGGUUCAACACUCAUCAUCCGCGUAAAGGAUCUGAAGAUGCCAAGAAAGUUGUUGCUGCCUUGAAAGCACAAGGAGUGACUAAGAUAGGUGCUGCAGGUUUUUGCUGGGGAGGCUUGCCCGUUGUCGUGUUGGCUAGCAAUCCUGAUUGGAUUCAGGCCGGAGUUAUAUUUCAUCCCGUUGCGUUGACUGAGGAUGAUAUGAGGGCGGUAAAGGUUCCUCUGGCUAUAUAUGCUCCUGAGAAUGACGAAUUCUUUCCUGUGGAUGAGCUACAUCGAUUGGCAAAGAUUGUAGUUGAAGAAACCCCGGCUGAAUGUCACCACAAAAUUUACCCAGGCACAGUGCACGGAUGGACUACCAGAUUCAAUGAGGAGGAUGCAGUAGCUUGUCAGAAAGCGGAGGAGGCGCAUUGUGACUUGUUGGAUUGGAUUACAAAGUAUGUCAAAUGAAAAGAAUGAAGAUGCUUAUUGAGAAUUAUUGAUGUAAUGGAUAUGAUUAUGAAGCUGUAUUUUUCAGACAGCUUAUUGAAUCGAAACCAUUAGAUACGACAUUAGCUUGAAUAAUGUGAUCUUCCUAUAUUGUUUCUGUUUGGAGCUGCAAUGCAAUAAAACUAUCCUUAAAACUUCC